ACUAGUAGGAAAAAUUAACAGCAAAUAAUAAGUAAAUUAAUUUUAAACACUUCACUGCAUAUUUCGGCCGUUGGAUUACAAAAUUUGAACAAUUUUUUAUUUUCGGGAGUGUGACAUCAUUUUGUUUUUGCUAUAGCUUUAAUUUAUUCGUAAAUGGGAAAUAAAAAUUGUAACCAAUUUAAUCAGAAAACUGAAACGUAAAUACGUUUUUAUUUAAGGAUUUUUGAUGUGAACUACUUUCUUCGCAAAGCAAAUAAUAAUCAUACAGAUAGAGUAAUUCAUACUACUUAAAUUGUUAAAAUUUGAUAUAUUUGUUACCUUUGGAGAUGUACUAAGUGUCAGUUAAAAUUUUUGUAAAAAAAAAAAUAAAUAAAAAUUCAAAAAUGGAUCAAAAUCACAGGCAGAAAAAGUAGAAAAUAACCCAACACCGCCAUUUCUCAUCAGUGUUGGAAAUCGCAAGGAGCUUUUGGAAAUGAGAGGACAAAACAAAAUAAGAAAAAGUGAACAGCUGUUAAUAUUAUUAAAAUAAUAAAUUGAUACACAACCGGCAACAGUCCAAAGUUGCCGUGCAUAAAAAGUAUGUUGAGCCAUUUGCUAUCUCGACCAAGUUGCGUACUAAGAUGCAGUCCAUCUCCUUCCUCCAUCGGUGCUUCGGGAUUCUCUCGAAAGAUUUGGGGAUAUGUUGCAGUGGCAUUCAAUCAAGUUGAUGCUCAACGUCUGGCCAAGGUGGGCCCCAAUCGUCUUUGCGCCGAGUGGGUGGUAAAGAAUGGCGGAGGUGUCCGGUUUGUGGAUAGUCCCAGUAAACUGUGGAAGGAUUACAAUUCUCUGCCCGCCGAAACUACACAGUUUUGCCUAAAAGUAAUUGACGCAACCAAUGCGUCUAUAAUGAAAAUCGGAUUGGAACACUUUAAGAAUUGUAAUCACAUAGACACGGUGAUAUUUCAUAAUUGCAAGCACCUGGAAGACGAUGGCUUGGAGGGCCUCAAACAUUUAACUAAUAGUCUGACACGCCUUCAAAUCUCGGGAUGUUAUAAUCUAGUCGAUGCCGAUCUUGCUGUCAUCAGCGAAUUGAAAAAUCUCCAGCAGUUGAUCAUCUUCGAUAUGAUAUAUGUUAAGGAUAUGGAUGAGGUGGCACGAAAGUUGAAACAAUGUUUGCCGAAAUGUGAUAUAAAAGCCACCAAAUUUGGUGUCCCAGUCAAGGCGGACAAGUGAGAAUCUAUAAUUUUCUGAUUUAUGGUUGUUUUUCUGACACGCUUCUCUUGUGAUUUUGAUUGUUUUUUGGAUAAUAAAUUAUGACUGAGCAUUGAA